AUCUACCGUCACGGCCGCCGACCAAUCAGACAGCAGCUAAAACCCCUAGCUAGCUAGCCCCUGUCAGAAAGUUACAUUAGCAAAACACAGCACAAAGUACGGAUUACACACUAACUAAUUACACACACAUUUGGAUAUAUUCUUAUUUCUCAGGGUCCCUGCUGCAGGCUGAUGGGUUCAGGUUAGCAGCCAGCAGAGCGUAGUCAGCAACAUGGCCGUCGCUGAGGAGCAGCCGGAGAAACACUGUUGGGUGUGUUUUGCCACGGAGCGAGACGACCUCAGUGCAGAGUGGGUGAGCCCCUGCCGGUGUAAGGGCUGCACCAAGUGGAUCCACCAGGCCUGUCUGCAGCGCUGGCUGGACGAGAAGCAGAAAGGGAACAGCGGGGGGGCGGUCAGCUGUCCCCAGUGUGGCACCGAGUACCGCAUCACCUUCCCCAAGAUGGGCCCGUUGGUGUAUUUCCUGCAGCAGGUGGACCGAGCUCUGUCCCGGGCCAGUCCAUUCGCAGCCGUGGGGGUGGUGGUCGGGACCGUGUACUGGUCUGCCGUCACAUACGGAGCCGUGACCGUCAUGCAGGUCCGUAACGAAAGAAGGGUCUUGUAUGUGAUGGAGCGAGCCGACCCACUCUUCCUGAUCAUGGGGUGCCCCACCAUCCCCGUGGUGCUGGUUCUGGGGAAGAUGUUCCGCUGGGAGGACUACCUGGUCCGGCUCUGGCAGAGGUACUGCUGCAAGGGGAAGCUCCAGCCAGGUGCCCGGCGCUACGUCCCCCGAGUCCCUGCAGACGGGUUCGGAGCAGGAGACCACCUCUCGGUGUCCAGGACUCUGUGUGGAGCGCUGGUCUUCCCCUCCAUCGCCAGCCUGGUGGGACGGCUGCUGUUCAGACGGAUGUCCUCUAGUCUGCAGCGCACUGUGCUGGGCGGCAUCGCGUUUGUGUUGAUUAAGGGAGUUCUGAAGGUGUAUUUCAAACAGCAGCAGGUCAUCAUGCAGACCAGCCGCAUCAUCCUCAACUACCCCGAGAGGAGCAGAGACGGACAGAGUGAGGGUGGAGAGGAAGACACGGAGGACACAGAGGACAGUGGAAACGAAUAGAUUUACCAACGUGGAGAGACAAGAGAAGGACAACUGUGUGGGCAGACAUGGUGGCUCAAAAGCAAAAUGUAUUUAACUUUAAAAACACAAAGGUGAGUGCUACUGUAGAGGAGGAGGGGGGGUUGGGUCUGAAGAUGUGCGUCUGUUGAAGAGAAACUCCGGGAUGUCUUCAGCCUGGACCCUAAUGUCCCCUGCUUUGGUUGUCUUGAUGUCUGAUGUGUCUCUAGACGUUAAAUAAGUCGGCCUUCACUACUGAACUUUUGACCUUUUGUUAAAUUCACACACAUAUAGAAAUGUCCUCCGCCAAGACAUAUCCUGGCUCACAGUGUAAAUGCAAAUUUUCCAAUUAUCCCGACGCCACAUGAAAGCAGCACACACCCAAUCUAAAAUUCCCUUUGGGAUGAAUGACAUAUCUAUCUAUCUAUCUAUCUAUCUAUCUAUCUAUCUAGUAAUGAUAACACAAGUGGGAGAACAUUUGUGUAUUCGCAACUGUGAUUUGGAUCCACUCCCACACGCACACACACAUCACACACACACACAGACAUUCAUACACACACACACACAAGAUCUGACACACACACAGACAUUCAUACACACACACACACACACAAGAUCUGACACACACACAGUCAUGCACAAACAUUUAAUAAUGCAGCAGCUUCAUUUUAACAUUAAGAACUUCCACCCCAAAGUUUGAUUAAAGGACUUUUUGCUUCUACAUCCAUGGUGAAAAGGAAGAUAUUAUGUCAGAUCACUGUAACAAAGAUCAUGUUAACCCAGCCAGCCAGAAUGAAUAUGAAUGUCUGACUCCUGAGUUAAUUCUUACUUAUUAUUUAGCCUGAUCACUGUGUAUACUACUGUCUCCCUGUUAUGUGCCUUAUCUGAAGCACUUUGUCUGCCAAACACUGGACUGUAACAUAAAGGUAAUGCAGACAUGAUUUCCUGGCCUACGUUAUACUUUACUACUCUAAAGAUUUCCUAACUUUUUGAAGAUGUUUCAGAACUCGGUCGUGCUGAACGUGUCCGGGCUUUCAGCUGACUUUAUGAUUCGGUUGUGUAAAGGGUGGUGCUGCUUGCAAACUCAAUCAGUUGUACUGUGGACUCUGAUCCGUGUUAUCUGAUGCAAACUGAAGUCACUUUUAUGGCUCACACACACACACACACACACACACACACACACACACAGGGUCACAGUGUGCAGUGUGGAGGGCCGGGUACCGAAGUCACUACUGUUAUCGACCGAUUUCUCUAAAGUAUCGAGUUUUGAAAAAUGCCUCAUCAUUCAAUAUCACAUUUCAAAACCUAAGGAGUAAAGCACAUCAGUGUCAGUGAGCCAAUCAACACGCAGCAUGUGUCUACCAAGAUCUAACGGUGUUUGUGAUUGGCUGACGCAGAGACACCCAGGAGGAACUCUACGCUUAUUGAUUACCUGUCAUUUUAAAUGAUUCUGAUGAGUGAAUAUUUCAUUUCAUUUUAUUUUUUUAAAUUAUAAAGGCCUAUACCGAUAGAUCGGUAAAAUGCCUAAUAUCGGCCGAUAAUAUCGGUCGGGCUCUAAAAUGUUCCCGCAGCUCCCAGAACUAAAAGGAGACCGAACAAAGCAUUUCUCAGUUGUACUGUGCUCGAGUCGGUGGUGGUUAUCGGGCGAUUGUCUGUUUUGCACUUCCUCUUGUGGCAGGAAUAAGAAGUUUAAGAUGUUUUAUUAUAGGUUUGAAAAUAAAGAUGAAUAAAUACGCCACGCUCAGAUGGAUUUCUGAUUGAAAACACGAGUUCCAGGGGCACGUUCACUGUGAAAACACUGGGUUUGCCCCGGUGGGGGCGGAGCUGCACGAUGUAAUGGACGAUAUUACAUCAUUGUGACGAUGUAAUAGACGACAUUACAUCAUCGUGACGAUGUAAUAGACGACAUUACAUCAUCGUGACGAUGUAAUAGACGAUAUUACAUCAUCGUGACGAUGUAAUAGACGACAUUACAUCAUCGUGACGAUGUAAUAGACGACAUUACAUCAUCGUGACGAUGUAAUAGACGACAUUACAUCAUCGUGACGAUAUGUGUGAUUUACACAGUUUUUACACGCAGAUGCUGAGAGUGAUUGACGUUGCAAUUGCGUUGUGAUUCACAGAAACGGGAGAGGAUGAUCCAUUUUUAUAUCAUUCUCAUUUUAAUUGAAAUAUAUUGAAAUUAAGUCAAUUCAAAAGAUGACAGUGUGAUUUCUGCGAGGAUCUAUAGCUAACAAAGCUGUUUCCUUCUUAGUUAUUGGGUUUAUUUGGAACAUGUAAAAAAAUAUAUAAAGUAUGUAUGUAUACUGUCAGUAUAUGUAUGUGUGUGUGUGUGUGUGUGUGUAUAUAUAUAUAUAUACUGUAUAUGUGUAUAUAUAUGUACAUAUAUACUGUGUGUGUGUGUGUGUGUACACAGACAUCUCAGCAGAAUUAUCCAAACUUAUUGUGAUUCAAAUAAGAAAUUCCCAUGUUCACAAAGGAGUAGGAAAAAGUAAAAAAAAAAAAAAA